AUGUCCUUCGCGCAAUUCGAUCCCCGCAGUAAGCACAAGUUCAAGGUGUACACAUACACGAGCCCGACCUUCUGUGACCACUGUGGCUCUCUUCUGUACGGACUCAUUCACCAGGGCAUGAAAUGUGAAGCGUGCGACCUGAAUGUGCACAAGCGCUGUCGCUCCAAUGUGCCCAACCUGUGCGGGUGUGACUACACGGAGAAACGUGGACGCAUCAAUGUGAAGAUAAACAAGCAGAGCAACAAGCUAGUUGUCACAGAUGAGAACAGGAUGUAGGCGGUCGGUGGACGAUACCUGCCAAGGGGGCGUAGAAACGUGUCGUUUCCAAGAAAUCUUUUAAAAAUGCAUGAAGAGGAUUGAGGGGAAUCGAUUCGUUCCACGGGGAUUCGUUUCAUUUCCUUAUAUUACGAUAGAUAGCGAUCGUUAAUUAUGUAGCUAUGUCGUCGUUGCCUUGGAUUUUAUUGUUUAUUCACGGUGUGUGUUGCACAUGGUAUUAUGCAUGUAUUGCAGUUAAUGUAGUCUUUAUUGCGCGAUGGUCUUUUUUUACUUUGUUCUGAUGUUGCAUCUCCACUAUGAGCUAUCAGUCGGUGUUCUUAUCUUUCAUGUAUGUUGCCAAAUCGAACAAUGAAUUUGUUUUCCUGUUCAAG